GCCGCGCAGGCGCAACGUCGUGUCGUGACGUAAUGGUCCAUUCAUCUUUUUGUUCACUCAAUGAAAAGUAUUUUCAAAAUAAUGAUUGUGAUUCAUCAAUCGUCUGUUCAAUUUGUGUACAAACGUGGGUUAUAAUACGUUUAUCAUUAAUUAUUGGCGUAUUCAACUAUAUGUAUUGUUAUAUCAAAAGUGCAUUCAUUCAUUGAUAAUAAAGUGCAUGUAUUGAGCACAUGCGCGUAGCUGAGUGGUUCAUUGUGGAGAGUGCACACGGUGCAAUGCUUAUAUUUUUAAUUGGAAUAAAGUGGAUUGAAGUGAAAUUUGUGUUAGAUUUUGUAAUUGAUAUACAGAACCUAAUGGUUGAAAACAGGCUCAAGUAGAACAUUACGACACUCCGGAAGUGGCGGGACAAGCAACAGCAAGCCGGCCGAGCUCGUUCCGAAAGAGAUAACAACGGAUGAAAGAGAUAAACAGUGAUGGAUUUAACAUGGCCGACGAUACGCGUAAAGUGCGAGUUGAAGAAAGAUUGAAAAUAAAGAUUGGAGAAGCUAAGAAUCUACCGGGUCGCAGCCAUGGCGCAGCAUGCCACCGAGAUAUUUACUGCGUGCUGUCACUUGACCAAGAGGAGAUAUUCCGCACUUCUACCAUGGAGAGGACACUCAACCCCUUCUUCGGAGAGGAAUUUCAGUUCGAAGUACCCAGAAGAUUUAGAUAUUUAUCGAUAUACGUGUUCGAUCGGGACAAACAUCUCAAACAAGACAAAGUGCUCGGCAAGGUCGCUAUCAAAAGAGAGGAUCUCCAUCGGUACAACAAUAAAGAUCACUGGUUCGCGUUGCGGCCGGUCGACGCAGACUCAGAGGUGCAGGGCAAGGCACACAUCGAACUUUCACUCGAGGACUCGAGAAAGCGGUUCAGAGUGGAGCCUAAACCGCCGGAUCCCGACCCGGCCGCCGACAACUGCUCGGCAAAGACAAAAGGCAACAAUUUCGUCAGAAUAUCCGAAUAUUGUAAAGAGAGCAUGAGGUUCGGCUCGUGUUCAAGCUCUACCAGUAAGAAAUUAUUGAGUGCGGCUGCGACGGAGCCCACGCUGACUCUGUCGCGGUCGGAGAGUCUGAAGGACCGAGCCCAGUGGGGUAAACCCCGGACGAAACCGCCGAUGCACGCGAUGUCGGACACGGACGCGUCGCCCAUACCCACCGCCGCCGACUACUGGUCGGACCCCGAGAGACACUGCGCGGCGCGCGCCGGCCCCGACACGCUGCGGCUGCGGGUGCUGGAGUGCUCGGAGCUCACCACCAAGAACGGACAGUGCGAUCCGUUUGCUCUCGUCACGUUGUUGUACUCGAACGGGCGAAGAGUGGAAAGGCGCACGAAACCAAGAAAAAAGACUGUAAACCCCCAAUUUGACGAAUUUUUCUGUUUUGAUCUCGUUAUGGAUUCUGAUCCAAAGGACAAGGACAGCUCACAAUCGCCGGGCGUAGCGUGUGAAGCCAGGGUGUCGGUGUGGCACGACGCGGCCACGCCGGUGUUCCUCGGCGAAGUACGGUUACCGCUGCGGCAGCCCGCGCCGUCACCUUUACGUGCUUGGUUCUUCCUGAGCUCGCGCGCGGGCGGCGCGCUGUCGCGGGGCGCCACGCCGCCCGGCACGCGGCUGUCGGCGGCCGGCGCCGCCACGCUGGGCUCGCUGCGCCUGCUGCUGCAGUACACCGUCGACCACGUGUUCCCGCUCGACCACUACACCAAGCUCGAGGAGCUGUUCCUGCGCAGCGUGCACCAGAAGCCUAUCACUGCGUCCGCGGUGUACAUCCUUGGAGAGAUCGUGUCCAGCAAGACUGACGCGGCCCAGCCUUUAGUGCGGUUGUUCACGCACCACGACCUCAUCGUGCCCAUGGUCAGGGAACUGGCCGAUUCCGAGAUAUCGGUGUUGACUGAUGCAACGACGAUCUUCCGUGGCAACACGCUAGUGUCCAAAAUGAUGGACGAGGCGAUGAGACUGACUGGUGCUUCGUAUCUGCGUUCCGUUCUACGGCCUACCUUAGCAGCUGUGCUGGCUGAGAAAAAACCCUGUGAAAUAGACCCCGCGAGGGUUAAACCCUCGGCGACAGUGACUGCCAACCUCGCUAACCUUAAAGAAUACGUCGAAAGGGUGUUCGCGGCGAUAACGUCGUCGUACGCGAUGUGCCCGCCGGCCAUGUGCCGCCUGUUCGACGCGCUGCGGCAGUGCGCCGCGCGCCACUUCCCGCGCAACGCGGAGGUGCGCUACUCGGUGGUGUCCGGCUUCAUCUUCCUAAGGUUCUUCGCGCCCGCCAUCCUGGGGCCGAGGCUGUUCGAUUUGACCACCGAGCAGAUAGACCCGCAGACGAACCGCACAUUGACGCUGAUCUCGAAGACAAUCCAGUCUCUGGGCAACUUGGUGAGCAGCCGGUCUGCGCAGCAAGUCUGCAAGGAGGAGUACAUGGCGGAACUGUACCGCAGCUUCUGUACGCCCAAACAUGUGCAAGCAAUAAAGCAGUUUUUAGAAAUAAUCUCCUCGAGUUCGGAUACUCAGAAUAAUAAUGUACAAGAAACACCAGUGCUGCUCAAAGAAGGGACGAUGAUAAAGCGAUCGGAGGGCGGGCGCGCGGGCGCGGGCUCCCCGCGGCGGCGCUGGGCUCGCGCCGCGCACACGCACGCCAAGCGGAGACAUUUCAGGCUUACCAGCGGCGAGCUGUCGUGGUCGCGCUGCGGCGCGCGCGCGCCCGCGCACCGCCUGCCGCUGGGCGGCGUGCUGGCCGUGGCGGCCGUGGACUGCCCGCCGCAGGGCGCGCCGCUCGGCACCAACAACAUCUUCCAGAUCGUACAUCGCGAACGAGUCCUGUACGUACAAGCGAGCAACUGCGUUGAGCGAGCGGAGUGGGUGCGGCUGCUCACUGCUCUGUGCCGACACUCGCCUGCUGUGAAAGCACAUCGCGGUUACUACAAGGACACCUACUGGACCUGUUGUGGGCGAUCGGAACCAGAGGCGGAAGGCUGCGGCGGCACGUCGGAAUGCGCCACGGAGGCCGGCGACAGGGAAGUGUUGCGCGGGCCAGCCGCUCUAGCGCUGCGGCUGGACCCCGCGCGGGACUUGCAGCGGCUGCACGCGCUGCUGGUCGCGCACGCCACGCAGAUCGACGAGCGCACGCGGCGCCCGCCAGAUAACACGAGUCCGGAAGAUCGAGAAGCUGAGGCGGCGACGUUACGAGACCUGCAAGAGGAGAUGUUCCAUUUAGAGCACCGGCACCGGACAUACCGGCGGUCGUUAGCUCGGGAAACAAAAUAUGGCAGCAAGCAAGCCCCAAUAGGCGACGACAACUACCUGCACCUGGCGGGCGCGGCGGGGGCGGCGGGCGCGGCGGACGAGGCGUGGCGCGCGUGGCGCGGCGAGCGGCCCGCGCGCCGCGCCUCCAGCAGCGACUCGCUCAGGCUCGCGCGCCACGCCGACGAGCGCUCCUCCGGCAAGUCCAGCAAGUCGGCGGCCAGCGGGUACCUUUCCAUGUCGUGUCUCAAGCACGAGCCCGAUGAAGAUAGUGAUGCUUCGCAGGAGAAGCCGGCGCUGCCGCCCCGGCCGCGCGGCGCGGCGGGCGAGUACGUGCACGUGGAGCCGCGCGCGCUGCGCUGCGCCGAGUACGAGCUCAUGGCCGACUUCAGCAGCGCGCGCGAGCGGCCGCCCGCCGUGCCGCCGCGCGCGCGCCGCGCCUCCCCGCCGCGCAGCCCCGGCGCCGCCUCCACCGACGACAGCCUGCUGGACGAGCUGCGGCGCGACUACUGCGUGCUCAAGGUCUGCGAGGACGAGCCCGACGACCCCGACCCCGACCCCGACGAUGAAGACUGCGGCAAGUUCUCCAGAGUCAGCGUCCAGAGGAAGUCCAACCCUAUCAAGAGCCAGACGACCGCGACGAAGCCGCUCAAGACCUCCAACUCAACGUCGAACGUGCAGGAGGCCGCCGCGUCGACGUCGCGCCCGCUCACCGAGAGGCUGACUCCCUUCUUCCUGAAAAAGAAACCGAAGGCGACGGAGGCGGAAGGCGGCAAGAGCGGGCGCAAGGAGGACAACCUGAUCGGGCGCCUGACGCCGCGCUUCGGGCAGUCGCGGCUGUACGGGCGCGGGCAGUCGCUGGAGCUGGCGCCGGCGAGCGACGCGCGCCGCCGCAUCGAGCGCUCGGCCACCACCGUGAACAUCUCGCGGCCGCUGAACUCGUCGGUGGUGGCCAACCUCAAGUUCCUGAGCCUGCACCGCUACGGCGCGCAGGAGGACGUGCAGUGCCGCGCGUUCGUGCGCACGGACGACGAGCCGCCGCCCGAGCGCGGGGCGGGCUGGCGGCGCGAGCUGCUCGCCGCCAACGACAUCCGCCUGUAGCCGCGCCCCUGUGGGAACGCGGCUCAACAUUUCUCGAUUUGUUUCGAACUCUCUCGUCGACCUGAAGCGUGCCUGCUCUAGUUCGUAGUGGCUUAGAAUGAAUACCGGUACGUUUAGUUAUACGAUAGCUUAAAUACUCAAAUGGUGCCAAGCGUUGUGCGACCUCGUCGUCGAUCGACGACUUCUCAUUCCUCUAGCACAAUAAAUUGUAAAAUUCUAAAUGAUACUGAUGAUUUUUUUCUACGUUUGAUGUCUCACGUUGAAACUAGCAAUAUAUGAGGUAGUAUAUUUUUGUAUAACUGAACUAAUUUAAUAUUGAAAUUUAGUGUAUUUAAUUAAAAUAUAUUGUUAGUUUUCAUGAAAUAAUUACUAAUAUUUCAUGUGUCUUCUGACAACGACUAGUGAAUAUCUUCCGUGCUUCUAUUGUAAUUAUUGAUAAUAUUAUUUCUAUAGAUAUAGCAUUAUUGUCUGAAUAUAAACAUUACUUUUCUACACCACUUUUAGCACACCCAAAAAACUCAGAUUCCGCACAACAGUAUGUACUUAAGUUUGAUAUUAUCGGAAAAAUAAUUAAUUUUAUCAAAGACUUGUAAUAUUAGUGAAUAAUAUUGUAUAAUUAUGAUUGUGACAUGAUGAUUGCCACGGCCUUAAGACGCAGCUGCCUGCUCGCGGCGGUACGUCCACUUGUAAACACCAUUACUUAAACUGUGAUUCACUUUACAAACUCGGCUUAUCGAUUUAAAGUAGUUAUUAUCUGUAUAUAAAAAAUAUUCAGUCAAUUGCAAAUUAUAUCGAAUACUAAAACUCGUACAAGAGGUACAUAUGAUGAUUUCUUAGUUUUAAAUAAUUAAUUAAUAAUUUUGCAAUAGUUUCUGAUAAUUUUUAAACUGUAUUUGUAUUUUAUGUGCGUUGUUGUCCUCUGAUCAUGAGGAAAAUUUUAAUUUUAAGAUGAUUAAAUAAUGUACAAAUAAUAUUUCUCAAAAUAUACAUAUUAUGUUAUUUA